GGAUGAGGGUAUGGUUGCUGCUGCAGCUGCUGCUGCUCCUGCCGUGCUACAACCAGCACGUGGCGGAGGGUUCAUCGAGGUCCGUCGAGAGCGCGUACGACUCCAACAAGGGCGUGUUCAGCCCCCAGGGCCGCCUCGUCCAGCUCGACUACGUGGAGGGCUUGGUGAAGCGGGGCAACCUCUGCAUUGGUGCCGAGUGCAAGGAUGGUGUGGUUCUGAUGACCAACAAGCUGGUGACGGCGGAUGCGGGAAAGCUAUUGGUGGACGGGGGCACACGGCGCGUGUUUCGAGUCGACUCCCACAUCGGCAUUCUACCGGCCGGGCUGCCUGCUGACGGACGAGCUCUGGCGCACAAGGCCAUGGAGUACUGCAGGUCCCACCGCCGCGAGUACGGUGAGCCGAUCCCGGGAAGGCUACUGGCGGAGCGCCUGGGGGAGUUCAUACACGCGGCGUGCGUCCGCUGGGGGUCGCGGGCUUACCCCAACGCGCUGUUCGUGGCCUGCUGGGGGGAAGGGGCGCCGGACACUCCCGCCUCUAUACGAUCAGCAGGAGGCCGCCGUAGCAGUGGUAGUGAUGCCGACGUUGUUGUUACUGGUGGGACGUCCGUAUCUGAGUCAGAGACGGAGGAGACUGCUGUAGUGGAGAAGGGUGCGGGGGGGGAUGAGCCCGUGCUCCACGACGACCGGCAGCCAGUAGCGGCGGAUGGGAUACAGGAGGAGGAGGAGGGGGACAACGCCGAUGUGGAGGGGCUAGUGAUAGAUCGGGACGCCGGCUUCCAGCUGUACGUGGUAGACCCGGGCGGAGCCGUGCGUAGGCACAGAGCGGCAUGCACGGGGAGGGGGAGCUCUCGGGCGUGGAAGUGGCUCCACCGCCGAGUUACAGGCGCAGCGGCGCCGGCACCGACGCCGGGGGAAAUAGCCGCCAGCGGCGGCGCUAGCGGCGUCGGUCCCUCUGCGAGUGCCGAGCGGGAGCGGGAGAAGAACGGCGGGUGGUCGCCGGAAGAAGGAGGUCGGGAUGAUGAUACAGCAGAGGAAGACGGAGACCACCGCAGCACUGAAGAACGUGGGGGAGGUGGGAGUGGUAGUCGGGAAGAUAGCGAUUUGCGCGGCACACAGGGCGCUCCCGGGGGGGGCGUCCGUCAGCGAGGGCGACGGCGACAGCAACCACCGUUUUCGCAGAUGACGUGCGCGGAAGCCGCGCGCGCUAUGGUCAGAGAAGCUAGACGGGUCAGGGCCAGCGAGACCGGGAAAGCGGGAGGAGGGGGGCCAGAAGCCGUAGCGGGCUUGCCGGAGGUUGCUUGGUUGUCGAUCGAUAGGGGCGGAGAGCCGGUCUUCGUACACCACCGCUCGACCGAAGAUUUGUUCGAAAGUGGGGAAUGAAAAGCUAGGGAGAAGAUUUAGAGGCUGGGAUGGUAAAUAGCACGGCAGUGAGUGGUAGCUCGUCCGUGAAGCGAAUCAAUAGUGUCCAAUCAUAGGUGUUAAGGGGUGGGCGGGAUGUGAAUCCGAUGUGGAUGUAGAGGGAGUGGCGGACAACAGCUAGCUGCUGCUGCGGCGUCGCCGUUUCACGAAAUACGUUGUUGUGUUUUCCCGCUCGCUACCAAAGCACGUACUUCAGCUGGCAUGCAACCGCUUUUUUCUGUGUGACGGCUGUGCUGAACGUUUGCGCCGGCAAGCACCCGUACCUACGGUUCGAUCAAUGGUGGUGGCGAUGGUCGGAGGCAUCAU